CUGACGUCAGAGCCUGCCCCCUAAAAGCUGAAGUGAACCGUGCAAACAAAGCAAUAAUGCGAUAAUAAACAGGCGGCUGUCACGUGACCCGGGCGACCGCGAGUGUACCACCACCAUCGCCAUGCAGUCACCAGAGGUUCAGGGAGCAACGCUAUUAAUGACAUGAUUGGGACCUGACUUUUUCCAGAGUUUGUGAACAACGCAGCGGGAGAUCCUCCACUCAGACGCGUUCCCAACACAGAACUCUCCAGAGUGUUGAGAAAGCGACCAUGGCAUCCAUCGAUGGCGGCGUGCCCCACUCUCUGCGUGGCUCUGCUCUCCCUGCUCCUCGCGCCUCCAGCACUUGGACAACUCGACCUCAAUCGGCUGGAUGGUGAUACCGUCUGCCCACCAAUGAGAGGCGGACAAGAUGACCUUCCAGGAUUUGAUCUGAUCACUCAGUUCCAGCUGGAUGUGAUCACCCUGAAAGGCGUGCGGAAGGUUGACGGCUCCACUCCCCUCCAGGUGGCCUACCGCCUCGACCGGGAGGCCAAUUUCCAAAUUCCAACCAUGCUGAACUUCCCUCGUGGCUUCCCAGACGAGUACUCCUUCAUGGUGACCUUCCGCAUGAUCAAGAAUACAGUGAACAAGGUGUGGAACGUCUGGCAGAUAGUGGAUGAAGACGGCAACAAACAAGCCGGAAUGAGGCUGAAUGGCGACCAGCAGGCUCUGGAGUACUUCCUGAUGGGCGCCGACGGCUACCUGCAGACCGUCACCUUCCCCGGCCUUUCUGUGCUCUUCAACACCAAGUGGCACAAGGUGAUGAUCGGCGUGGAGCGCGACCAGGUCACUCUGUACGUGGACUGCCAGCCCGUGGAUCAGAAACCCAUCAAGGGCAAAGGUCCUGUCAACACAGAGGGAGACACUCUUAUUGGCAGGCUGGAUGCUGAUCCCGACGCCUCCGUUGUGUUUGAGCUCCAGUGGAUGUUGAUUCACUGCGACCCAAAGAGAGCCCAGAGAGAGAGCUGCAGUGAGCUGCCUGCCACCGAGAUGUAUGCCAAUGCUGAGCCUGACAAAUCACUCCAAGGCCCCCCAGGAGCCCCUGGCCCAGAGGGCCCCCAAGGGGACCCCGGAGAAGACGGCAGAGAUGGAAGAGAUGGUCUUCCAGGAUCUACUGGCAGUCCCGGCACUCCUGGCAGCAAAGGGGUGCAGGGGGAGGUCGGUCUUCCUGGGCAGAGAGGCCUGCCUGGUCUUCCAGGAGUCAAUGGUCUUUCUGGUCCAAUGGGUCCCAGAGGGUCUGUGGGAGAGAGAGGUCUACCAGGUUUUCCUGGACCUGCCGGUCCUGCUGGCCCAACAACCAAAGGACCUGCUGGACCUGCAGGAAAACCCGGAAUCCCAGGAGAUGAAGGAAAUAUCGGGCCUGAGGGUCCACCUGGACCCAGAGGGGGACAAGGGACCCCGGGGCCUCCUGGCACUCCUGGUCCACCAGGACCUGUGGGACCGCCUGGUGCCAGCAAUGAGGGGAGUUGGGAACCUUGUCCUGCUGCCUGUCCUGCUGGACCUCGGGGGAUGCCUGGACUACCAGGGCUGAAGGGUCACCAAGGUUUGGAUGGUCAACCUGGACAAAACGGAACAGCCGGAGAGAAGGGAGAAGGUGGAGCAAGUGGUCCUCAGGGGACACCAGGUCGCAUGGGAGAUGAUGGUCAACGAGGGCCCAUUGGAUUUCCUGGAAAUACUGGAGAGAAGGGAGACAGAGGUGGUCCUGGUUUCAAUGGCGUCCCAGGACCUACAGGCCCGCCUGGUGCUCCUGGUGUGGAGGGAAUCCGUGGACGUCAGGGUUUGCCAGGGGACAAGGGUGAUGAUGGAGCUGUGGGAGGGCAGGGAGAGCAGGGACCUUCAGGAGGGAAAGGAGAAGCUGGAGAGCCUGGCAAAGAUGGCUUAAAUGGACUCCAUGGAUCUGAUGGCGCUAAGGGAGAGUCUGGAACCCCUGGAUCUGUUGGUCUCAGGGGGAUUGUUGGUAUUCCAGGACUGCCAGGGAAGCAGGGAGUAGUCGGACCCGCUGGUGAAAAGGGUGAUACUGGUGAUGAGGGACCCGUCGGACCAGUUGGAGUUCCUGGAAAGAUUGGUGAGCCUGGCAAUGAUGGAGAAGAUGGAAAAACAGGAGAUAAAGGAGCUACUGGUGGAACAGGAAAACAAGGGCCUGUGGGGCCUACAGGUCCUCCAGGAAUCCAGGGAGACAAAGGAGAUAAAGGUGAGACUGGUGCCAAGGGAAUAAAGGGUCAUACUGGAUUCAAAGGAGAUCAGGGACCAAUGGGACCUAUGGGACCAAAUGGAAGUCAGGGUGACACAGGUAUGGCAGGAGAUUCCGGGGUGAAGGGAGACCAGGGCCCUCCUGGUAAUCCUGGAAUCAGAGGAGAGCGUGGAGAGCAAGGCCCGAGAGGAGCAUCAGGAAUCGAUGGCAGACCAGGUCAGACGGGCCACGAGGGUCUGGCUGGUCCAAUGGGAGCCAGAGGGCUGGAUGGAGAACCAGGCCAUGGUGGAACACCGGGUCCCAGAGGUCUACCUGGCCCAAAAGUGACUGACGAGAAGCUUCGGGAAAUGUGCUCAGCCGUUGUAGAAGAGCAAUUGGCAGAGUUUAAGAAAGAGCUUCUGCAGAAGCCAGCAGCCCUUGGUGCCCCUGGUACUCCUGGACCAACAGGACCUGCUGGCCCCCCAGGACCGGCUGGAGCAGCAGGAGCAGCGGGAGCCCCAGGGCCCUUGGGUCCCAAAGGUCAUCCAGGGUACUUUGGACUUCCCGGUAUACCAGGCAAGAAAGGUGAUGCUGGAGAAAUGGGAGACAAGGGAGACAAGGGAGAGGAUGGAGUAGGAGUCAAAGGCAGCUCAGGUGCACCCGGUGCACCAGGUGCACCAGGUGCCCCCGGCAUUGGCAUAGAUGGCAAAAUGGGCGGACCUGGUGAGAGUGGGAGUCAAGGUGUCCCAGGAACACCUGGUCCAAGGGGACCCUCAGGACAGCCCGGACUUUGUGACCCAUCAACCUGUAUUAGCCGAAUGCCACCUCUCUAUAUGGUCGGUGGAAAGAAAUCUGCCAGCUACAAAAACCCGUGAGACGUCGCAACUCAAUGACGCAUUCCAGAUCUCAUCCUGUCGUGACCAAGUUUAAGGGCUUCUCAGAAGUCAGGCCAUGGUGAUCUGUGGGAGUCCUCACAUGUCCCCGCAUGAACCAUGGAUCUAAGAGACACAAUGGAAAACAGAGACAAUACACAAAUGUAGAAUACUGUAUAGAUGUUUUAACUUGUUUGUGAUUUUAGGGAAAGCUUAUCUGCUGGUGCGUAUUCACAGAUAGCUGCUACUGAUGACAAAGCAACAUCAUCCAACUAACGACGGGCCUGCAGGCCCGACAAAUUCCCCGAUUACAGCUGCAGACAUCUGGACUUCAUUAAGAGCAUUCAUCAAAACAAUAUGAGCAGGUUGUCAGAUAAAAAAAAAAAUGGAUCUCUGUUUUCCACUUAUGCAUUUUCAUUUUUUAAAUAGGCUCAGAGAGGAAAUUGCUUUAACCCCAGCUGUCAGCAAUAAUGUGCCAUUUUGACCCACUUAUUCUCAUUGCAAUCAUGAGCCAGGAAGUAACAGAAUAAGGUGAGUGUAAUGUUUGAAGAUUAUUUCACAAGAGCAAAUGUGCACUUGACCAGUGAGCUGACAUAUGCAACAAUAAAAUUCUCAAUCAAGGAUGAUGAAUUCAUUUCGGCUGAUUUUAUCAUAUCAUCAUUGUAAUAAAGUGAUAUGUUUUGGAUAUUACUGAAUUAAAAUCUUUGACUGUAA